CCUCAGGUGGAAGGGAAUCUCACAGCCAUAUCCCCUAUAGCUCCCAGCAGCCGAAACAUCAUGGGUCCCUACACAGGCACUCUCACGCAGCCGGGACAGACAGUCAUGCCAGGAUGACUGUCCCUUUGACAGCACCUCACAAGUCGUAAGUGGGCCUCGUUCACCCCGAGUUUGAGAGAACGAGGCCCCCUCCUCCAUGGAAUUCAGUCACAAACACACACUGACACACACAACGCACGUUCAGGGACACACUGUGGACAUGGGACAGCUGACUAUUGUGUUGGACCUUCAAACAGAGUACUUGACCUGAUAUUUUAUAUUCUAAAUAAUGGAAUCAGCAUUUAUCCCCCCCCCCCCCGCCCCCCCCGGUUGAGCAGCUUGGAAUUUCACACGGACUUGCUUCUGUAUAGUGUCAGUCUGGGUGAGCGUCUCUCAGCAGUGUGCUUGGAUUCUGUGCACCAGUAACACCAACCCACACUGCGGUAAACAGGGAAAAUAAUUUACCUGUACCUUUCCUAGAAGAUGCACAUAUCUGUAAAGACGAGAAUUUGACUGGAAUAACAAUGUCACCAGAAUGCAGAUGUGUUACAGUCGUGUGAGAAUCUAGCUGUUCUCAGUCCCUCUGAAGCAUCAUCUUCAGUUUCGUAACUAUAUAAAAACAAUGUUGAGCGUCAAAAAAACAGACGGAGGAAAUCCCCCCCCCCAUUUCAUGACAAUCCUGAUGGCUCUGCCUGAUGUGAGGUCUGGAUUGGUCAACAAGUCCUGUCAUGUGACCCGGAUCGCCAUGACACUGCCACAGCAGGCAGCCACAGAGUGGAGCAAGAGAGUUACGAUCCCGACAGCUUUACUGCUGCAGCCGAAAGUCUGGAGACGGCUCAGAAGAGGCUGCUUUCCCCACCCAUCUGAUUAACUAACCGCAGUUUACAGGCUGUCGUUUGAUUAAGAGAGAAAUGAAAACGGCAUCAAACAGUAGGCGGAGAGAGUGCCUAAGCCUCUGUCCUCUGAGUGGGGGAGGAAGUCAUAAAGGUCUCAGUUUUUUUUGUGUGUGUGUGUACACACAACUGUAACUGUAAAAAACGUACAACUGUAACCGCUGAAAUGCAUUCAUUCAUGUUCCUGGAGGAACGUGCUGUUACACCUUAUAAAUGAAUUAAGGCUUUUCCUGACGAGGCAGAAUGUCAGCAGUUUACAUUAGAUUUAUACAUUAGCGGACGCUUUUACCCGAGACUUGGAGUUAAUGAGCAGCUCUGGACUGCAGCUGGGGACAGAGGCCUUGCUAAAGGGCCCAACUGCAAAAUUAUUAAUCUGCUGGGGGAUUUCAACCCACAACCUUCUGGACAUGGACACAGAGUUCUAACUUACAUAGCUAUACACUGCCCCUUUACCAGUCCUUUGCCAGCAACUCUUCAGUAGGUUACAAGUAACCAGUUAUCACUUUAAUAGUUAUCAUAAUAGCUAACAAAGGAAUGUGUAAAAAUGUGCACCCCCCCAUCCCCCCACCCAGGAUGCUGGAGGAUGACCUGAGGCUAAGCAGUGAUGAAGAUGAAGGCGCCACGCAGUCUACCUCUGGGCUGACUCAUGGCAGGUAAUCCUAAUCGAUAAGAUUUUCAGUUCAUGUCUGUGUAAGAAAGGGUAGAACCUCUCAGACCUCCUCUCCGGCAUGUGAGUCCGUUUAUAGCCAGACUGUGUGUGUGUGAGGAUAUGAGGAAUGUGUCAGCUGGAUGCUAGGGGAAUCCUGGGAAGCAUCACAUCUGUAAGGCAGUGUCACCAAUCAGCAUACUAAUAACUACACUUGGUGUAAUAUGACCUGUGUGUUGUAUAGUGCAGAGGUGCUCCUGUGUGUGUGUUUUUAUGUGUGGAAGGGUAGCACUGGGUGAGUGUGAGCUGGACAGUGUGAGGGUAGCACUGGGUGAGUUGGACAGUGUGAGGGUAGCACUGGGUGAGUGUGAGCUGGACAGUGUGAGGGUAGCACUGGGUGAGUGUGAGCUGGACAGUGUGAGGGUAGCACUGGGUGAGUGUGAGCUGGACAGUGUGAGGGUAGCACUGGGUGAGUUGGACAGUGUGAGGGUAGCACUGGGUGAGUGUGAGCUGGACAGUGUGAAGGUAGCACUGGGUGAGUGUGAGCUGGACAGUGUGAGGGUAGCACUGGGUGAGUGUGAGCUGGACAGUGUGAGGGUAGCACUGGGUGAGUGUGAGCUGGACAGUGUGAGGGUAGCACUGGGUGAGUGUGAGUUGGACAGUGUGAAGGAAGCACUGGGUGAGUUGGACAGUGUGAAGGUAGCACUGGGUGAGUUGGACAGUGUGAGGGUAGCACUGGGUGAGUGUGAGCUGGACAGUGUGAGGGUAGCACUGGGUGAGUGUGAGCUGGACAGUGUGAGGGUAGCACUGGGUGAGUGUGAGUUGGACAGUGUGAAGGAAGCACUGGGUGAGUUGGACAGUGUGAGGGUAGCACUGGGUGAGUGUGAGCUGGACAGUGUGAAGGUAGCACUGGGUGAGAGUGAGCUGGACAGUGUGAGGGUAGCACUGGGUGAGUGUGAGCUGGACAGUGUGAGGGUAGCAUUGGGUGAGUGUGAGCUGGACAGUGUGAGGGUAGCACUGGGUGAGUGUGAGUUGGACAGUGUGAGGGUAGCACUGGGUGAGUGUGAGCUGGACAGUGUGAGGGUAGCACUGGGUGAGUGUGAGUUGGACAGUGUGAAGGAAGCACUGGGUGAGUUGGACAGUGUGAGGGUAGCACUGGGUGAGUUGGACAGUGUGAGGGUAGCACUGGGUGAGUGUGAGCUGGACAGUGUGAGGGUAGCACUGGGUGAGUGUGAGCUGGACAGUGUGAGGGUAGCACUGGGUGAGUGUGAGUUGGACAGUGUGAAGGAAGCACUGGGUGAGUUGGACAGUGUGAGGGUAGCACUGGGUGAGUGUGAGCUGGACAGUGUGAAGGUAGCACUGGGUGAGAGUGAGCUGGACAGUGUGAGGGUAGCACUGGGUGAGUGUGAGCUGGACAGUGUGAGGGUAGCACUGGGUGAGUGUGAGCUGGACAGUGUGAGGGUAGCACUGGGUGAGUGUGAGUUGGACAGUGUGAAGGAAGCACUGGGUGAGUUGGACAGUGUGAGGGUAGCACUGGGUGAGUUGCACAGUGUGAAGGAAGCACUGGGUGAGUUGGACAGUGUGAGGGUAGCACUGGGUGAGUUGGACAGUGUGAGGGUAGCACUGGGUGAGUGUGAGCUGGACAGUGUGAGGGUAGCACUGGGUGAGUGUGAGCUGGACAGUGUGAGGGUAGCACUGGGUGAGUUGGACAGUGUGAGGGUAGCACUGGGUGUGUGUGUGUGUGUGUGUGUGUGUGUGUUACGUGGGGUGGCUGAGACACCCUCUAUCCUGGCUCUGACUGACAGACGGCAUCGGCACCAGAACUCCCAGCAUUCCCACGCACAGCGCUGCUCGUCCGGCAAGAGACUGAGACACUCCAGCUCCUCCAGCUCCAGCUCCUCCAGCGCCUCAGACAGCAGCAGCCUGCGCUCGCACACCCCCAGCCCGGAAAGGCACUCCAAGCCGGGGACGCCCCCCGAGGAUGCAGGCCUGAGCGGCAGCGUGGAGGAGCUGUCAUCCAACAAGUGGCAGCUGGACAAGUGGCUGAAGAGGGCAGGACAGGCGUCGAGCGACGGGGAGGGGGACGCCCAUUCAGGUUCAGACUCUGACGGUGGCCGGACUCCCGCAGGGUUCUGGGGCAGAGAGCCCAGCCCAGGGCUACGGGGGGAGCAGACCCCCAUUCCCAGCCCCGGUCUGUACUACAGCAGCCAGCCGAGUCCCCAGCUGAUCAUCAGUCCCAGCAGCAGUCCUUCACCCAGUCCCAGGAGUCCCAGCCCUCCCAGUGACGCUCCGCUCAGCCCCUACUCAUGCAGGAGUCCUGCCUCCGUUCACAGCCCCACACCCCCAGCUAAGCCAAGGCGCCCGUGCAUUCCCAAAAGCAAACCCCGUGUCCAGCCGUGGGACGCUCCUGCUGCUGACGCGGAACCCCCACGCAGACGCAGCCCUUGCCAAAACUCCAGCCCCAGGCAUCGCCCUCGGCCUAGCUCCAAGCCCGCACGUAGCCCCAGCCCCACACCAAGAGCCAAACACCGACCCUCUGCCGCUCCCAGCGCGGGGGCCCGUCGAGACAGUGCCUCAUCACAGCGGAAGGGGCAUGAGGUGGAUGGGCGGGCCAAGGUGCAGCCCUCUGAGAGGCGGCUGGACAGGAGGCGGACGGAGGGAGAGGCUGGAACCCUGAGGCUCUGCUGGGCCCAGGACACUGAGGAAGAGGAAAGGACGAAGGAAGGGACGGGGCUAGAGAAGGAGCAGCGAAGACGGAAGCCUCAGGGAGGCGAGCCCCAGUCCGUGCAGCCAAGACAGAGGCCCCACACGAACAGCCAGAGGCGGCAGGAGGAGACUUUACCAGGAAGCCCUGGACAGCAUAGCAGGAAAAAGAGGAGAAAGGAAGAGGAGCUGCAACCAGACUCCAGGCCCACCCGCUCACCAUCCCCCUCCCCUACUCCCGUUAUCCCGCCAACAGACUCUUCUUCCUCCUCCUCAUGUUCAGCACCCUCAGAUUCAGACUCAGAGCCCCUCUCCCCACCCCCAGUCACCAAGAUCCCAGCAGACUCAACCUCCAAUAAGCGACAGGUCCUGAGGAGGCCACAGGGCAGGACUGGGAGGGCUGUGGAGGCCCAGCCAGCGGUAGUCAAACCCAGCUGGCAGCCCACUGGGGCCCAGGCAGGUGACUCGGGCCGGAACCGCUACACCUUGGUGCCAUUCGGCCUCGGCGAUCCGCCAAGCGGACCACGCUCACUCCUGGUGCGGAUAGACCUGACUCUCCUACUCAGAGUGCCCCAGACCUCCUGCCUCCCUCGAGGUCGCUCCUCAUCUUCCUCAUCGUCCUCCUCCUCACGAAAGGCCCACAACAAUAGCGCCAUGAGGCAUCUUCAUCCCCCUGAAAAUGACCCACAGGACCACAAGAAGAAACGAAAAGACAAUAAGAAGAACCAUGCGCAUACUGAUCCCAGGUCAGCCAAAGGAAUGUCCACCAAGGAGUCCAUCAACGGGCACGAAGGAGCUCUCCGCGGUGAUGAGCACAAGCCGGCGUCCCCUACGGCAGACGUCUCGGACCCCCGCAAGAUAGGCGAGCCGGGCAAGCAGGCAGGCCAGCGGAAGAGGGAGUGUGGCGCUGAGCAGCAUUACCAAGAGAAGGCCGACAAGGGAGGAGACGCGAGGACGCAGAGCACACAGCUCCAGGUGCCCAGAACACACCCUCAGGUGAAGGUGGAGUCACCACGUCUUCCCAGUGGUCCCAAGCCAGUAUAUGAGAUUUGGGGAGUCCCCCCAAACCAAGCCCUGCCACCAGAUGGUGCUAUAAUCCACCAUGACACGCUGCACCACGCUGAGUACUACAUGCACGAAGCCAAGAGGAUCAAGCAUCGUGCUGACGCCAUGGUGGACAAGUUUGGCAAGGCAGUGAACUACGUGGAUGCGGCGCUCUCCUUCAUGGAGUGUGGCAAGGCCAUGGAGGAGGGCCCCCUGGAGGCCAAAUCUCCAUACACCAUGUACUCAGAAACCGUGGAGCUCAUCAGAUACGCCAUGAGGCUGAAGGGACAUUCUGGUCCGGGGACCCGGCAGGAAGAUAAGCAGCUGGCAGUGCUGUGUUUCCGCUGCCUUGCUCUUCUGUACUGGCGGAUGUUCAGGUUGAAGAAGGACCACGCUCUCAAAUACUCCAAAGUCCUGCUGGACUACUUUAAGAGCUCCCCCAAACCUUCCCAUGGUCCAGUAUCAUGGAACUCCUGUGGAAAGAGUUCAGGAGCGCCACUGAACCCCCAGGUAGGCCUGGCCGCCACCUCCCCCUCGUCCUUCAUCAGCAUUCCCCAGCGCAUCCACCAGAUGGCAGCAAACCACCUCAACAUCACCAACAGCGUGCUGUACAGCUACGAGUACUGGGAGCUGGCCGACAACCUGGCCAAGGAGAACAAAGAGUUUUUCAGCUACCUGAACACACUGAGGGGACCUCUCACCUUGCACAGCAGUGUCCAACACAUCGUGCAGUAUACACGCCAGGCGUUGCAGUGGAUCCGGAUCAGUGCCAACUUGACUUAAGGAACACCCCUCCCCACCCCCAAAGAACAAAAGAGGUCAUCAAGCUGGACCAGACCCAGGAAGGUCGAUCCACAGACCCAGCCCAGCCACUGACCCUUUGCAUGUGAAGCUGGAGCACUGAAAUCGGUCAAGGAGGGACCGUGUGAGUGCUUUCAGCUCAGGUCACAUGGUUCCAGAAAGCAGCUCGGACUGGACGAGUCAGAAACAGCCCUGGGUGGAUGGGGGGGGUAACAGGUUAUUGCAUUACGGAAAUUGUGACUGAAGAUGGAGGUCAGGCAUUUGUUUGGGACGGCCGGGCCGAAACAGCAAGAAAAAUCAUGAAACAAAAAUCCUCAUCUAAAAGGUAACCUGGUGUCAGUGAUGAAGAUGGUGCUGUGUGUGUGAGUGUGUUACCGCUGAAUGCAGAGUGAAUGAUAUUACAAGUUUUUAUAAGGGAUUUUCCCCAUUUUCCCACUUUUAUAUGUAUAGCCCUGCAAUGUAUAAUACCCUCUGUAUUUUCCAACACGAUGUCAUGUCACAUCAUGCGCAGAAGCAAUAUGCGGUUUAAUGACGUUUUUUAAAUGAGUGUCAUUUUCAGCUUUUUAAUCUUCAACCCUAUGCAAAUCCCUUCAAGGACCUGUAAUUUAAGUUUUGGAAUAAAAUAUUUUUGUCUUUUUCAAA